CGGCAACAUGAACGAGGACGAUUCACUUGCCUCGAGCACGGAAGAGCUGCGUGAUGCGACCUCUCCAGAAAGCGUCGAGAGCAAUCAGCCUCAUGAACGGCAAGGAAAAGGCACGCGUCGUGAGGCCAACACUCGACCUGCCCGAUCAACCAACAGCAAGUUUGGCCAAGUCCAGCCGCGAUAUUUGGACAUAAACCGCAGCACCACCUACGUCCGGAACCGCACCGAGCAGCUGCAACGUCGACGCGACCUCGAGCGGGCCAACAGUGCUCGUGCCAACGAACGCAUGCAGCAAUGUCGUGCGUUGACGGAGCUGAAGCACACCCAAGAGCAAAUCUAUCGGCAAUGGCUUCAAGCCAGCAACGCCGACGCGCACCGCCUUCGCAAUGCAUCCAACUCGACAGCAUUUCAAACAAAAGCAAUAUCGACCAAGGCGAACGCAUCGUUUACCGUCACCGCCUAACACGACAAGCAUCCUAUCGAUUACGACCGUUCCUUUGACAUAUGCGUUACUACAGUACUACGGUAGUUUUUUAGUAGUACCAGGCCUCGGACAAAUCCUAGUAUGGAAUAGUAGGAAGAAGUACGCGGCGUUUUGGUUGGGAGUACUGUAACAAUGCAAAACGGCCA